AUGUCAAUUCCAGGCUUUGGAACUGAUUCUAAUGAUCCAGUUACAUCUACUGCAAUUAUAAAUAUCCCUCACAAGUCCGAAUGGCGUAUUGAAAUUCCGUUUAAAACUACCCUCGACUUCACCGUAACUUCAGGUGUGGCAGAAAUAUUCGGCACAGAGCUCCCACUUAAUGUCCACAUACAUCUCAGUGGGGUAAAAUGUGCCAUCUAUGCGCCCAUAGAAGACGUUUCUAUCUCAUACCAUCUUAUUGACAACAUUGGAGAACUUAGUUCUGAAGAUAAUGAAUUUAGCGAAUAUAUCAGUACUGAAUCAUGUAUGGACAACUAUCUUAAUCUCCAUUUAGCAAUUGAGCAAAAACGACAACUGUGCACUGACCACAAUAUUUUGAACCCGGGAGAACUAAUUAUGGGACCGAGAGUGUUGGUGUUGGGAGGUGAUGCAUGUGGUAAAACCAGUUUAUGUAAGAUAUUGAGUGGAUAUGCUGUGAAAAUGGACAGUUGCCCAGUAUUAGUUAAUCUAAACCCUCGAGAUGGUGUAUUUGCUCUUCCUGGGUCCAUUAGCGCUACUCCAGUUAGUGACUCUUUUGAUUUGGAAACCAGUGGUGGAUAUGGAUUUACCACUACAAGUGGUAGUUUAGCACAUAACCCCAAACAACCUAUUGUUAAGAAUUUUGGGUUCAGUUCCAUUAGAGAAAACUUGGACUUGUACAAGUACCAAAUCUCACAAUUGGGUAUUACCGUAUUGUCGAGAUUAGAGCAAGAUUUGAGUGUUAGAAAUGGAGGUGUCAUUAUUGACACGCCCCUGCUUGACAUUAAGGAUUUCAGUGUCAUUGAAAAUAUUGUUAGUGAUUUUCAAGUUAAUAUCUUAGUUGUCAUAGGUAAUGAGAAGCUUAGUAUUGACUUGGGGAAAAAGUUUAAACAUAAAUCGAAUUUAGAUAUCGUUAAAGUACCUGGUAGUCCCGGGGUGGUUGAUGUCAAUGAGAGUUUUAUAAGACGAGUUCAAGAACAAACAAUUAAGGAAUAUUUUAAUGGUACUAAUAAAACCAGAUUGUCUCCAUUCAAAACCGAUAUUGACUUGCACGAUCUUGUCAUUUACAAGCCAGUGGUUACCAGGGACUUGAUGUCAUCAUUGUCAUUCCUCCCAAAAUACUAUGCUAUUUUAGAAGAACCAAGCAGUUCUAAUCUCGACAAUUCCAUUAUAGCCAUUACGCAAUUACCCCAAACCAACAAAUCACCUAGAGACUUGUUGAAUUCGAGCGUAUUGGGAUAUGUGCAUGUCUCCAAAUUUGAUGAUGAUAAGAAGAAAUUAAAAGUAUUGUUGCCAUUCCCAGGGGUAUUUCCUCGAAAUGUAUUAAUAGCUACAAAUAUAGGAUAUAACGAAUAG